AUGUGGCAGAGACCGCCCUCCCCGCCGCCCAGUACCGUAGCAGGCACCACCCGCCCGUCCAGGACCUGCAGCGGGCCCGGCAAAACCCAUCCCACCCGAGACACGUGGCGGACACCAGCCACCCGUCCCGGGACACGUGGCAUUAACCGCCAGUCUGGGGACAUGUAUCAGGCACUGCCCGCCCGUCCCGGGGACCUACAGCGGGUCCGGCCUAACCGUCAUGAGAAACGUGGUGGGCACCCCCCGCCCGUCCCAGGACCCGCGGCGGCUUGGCCCACCCGUCCAAGAGACACAUGGCGGGUACCCUGCCCGCCCGUCCCAGGACACGUGGUGGAUACCGCCCGCCCAUCCAUGGACCUACGGCGGCCCGGCCCUCCGCCCGCCCUAGGACACGUGGCGGUGUCCGCUGCGAAUCCCGUGACUAGCAAAUGGUGUCUGCCACGUGUCCAUGGACGGGCGGACACCAGGAGGCGGACACCAGGCGGGCGGAGUCCUUCACUCAUCCUGGGACGGGCGCUGCAGACGCCAGCCGCCUGUCCCGAGGACCCGAAGCAGACCCGGCCCGCCCGUCCCAGGAACCAUGGCGGACGCCUGCCCACCCGUCCCGGAAUCUGUGGCGGGCAUGACCCGCCCAUCCUAGGACGAGUGGCGGGACACUGCCCUCCCAGUCCGGGGAUAUGUGGCGGAUACCGUACGCCUGUCCUGGGACGCGUAGUAGUAAACCACCGCCCGCCCAGCCUGCCAGUCCUGGGACACGUGGCGGGCACCGUCCUGCCCGUCCCGAGACCCGCGGCUUGCCCAGACCGCCAGUCCCGGGACGCGUGGCGGACGCCUGCCCGCCCGUCCCGGACCCACAGCGGGCCCAGCCCGCCUGUCCCGGGACGCGUGGCGGACAACCUGCCUGCCCGUCCCUGGACCCACGGCGGGCUAGGCCUGCCCGUUCUGGGACGCAAGGCAAACGCUAGCCCACCCAACCGGGACCCGCGGCGGGCCCAGCCCCGCCGUCCCAGAACGCGUGGCGGACGCCACCCCGCCUCUCUCUGGGACACGCACCGGGCCCCGGGCCCCGCCCUCCCAUCCCGGGACGUGUGGCGGACGCCUGCCCACCCGUCCCGGGACCCAUGGUGGACACCUGCCUGCCCUGUCCCGGGAUCCCGCGGCGGGCACCUGCCCGCCCUCCCGGGGACCCGCGGCGGGUCUGGCGCCCUCCACCAGGGAGCGCGUGCGGACGCCUGCCCACCAGCCCCGGGACCCGCGGCGAGCCCGGCCCGCCCAGUGUCGGGACCAGUGGCGGACGCCUGCCCGCCCAUACCCGGGACCUGCCGCGGCAUUGCCUGGGCACGGCCUGCCCUCCCAUGCAUGGCGGCGGGCCCGGCCCUCCUGUCCCGGGACGCGUGGCAGACACCAGCCCGCCCGUCCCGGUACAUGCGGCGGGCCCGUCUAGGACGCAUGGCAGACGCCUGCCAGCCCGUCCCAGGACCGGCAGCAGGCCUGAUAUAG